GUGUCCGCCAUAUUGGAGGUAUUCGCUAUCAACAUUAUUGGUAAAAUCUUUACAAGAUGGUGAAUUAUUGUCGUGUUAACGGGUGUCAUAAUAGAUCAAAUAGAGAAAGUCACCUGUCAUAUUACAGGUUGCCUGAAGUUAUUGUAAACCAGGGUGAAACGACGCAGAAAUAUGCAGAAGAAAGACGAAUGGUUUGGUUAGCAAAAUUAGACCAAGAUUUCUCGGGGAAAAACCUGAAAAACAUCCGAGUUUGCUCAGCUCAUUUUCUGUCAGGAAAAAGAGCUGAUCUCUAUGACAGAGACAAUCGGGACUGGGCUCCAACAGUGAACAUGGGUAGCAAACCACCAAGGAAUACACCAGCUGUAAUGAAAGAUCGUUACGAACGCAGGAUUAUGAUGGAGCAUUCUUUAACGAGCGAUGCUGCAUGUACACAGCUUUUAGUAUAUAUUUCUUAAUUUUCUUGCAUUAUUAUCAGACAGGAUUAUCUACCGUUAACACCGGUGCUAGAAAAUCCUGUCUUACAUCGCCCAUGUAAGACAAGCCACAUGCUUAAAAUGACGUCAUUGCAGCGCACCUUUUAUGAAUGAAUUGCGUUCUUAGGAUGACGUCAUUUAACUGUAAUAAAUGAAGUUGUAAGUUCAUACGCUUCUACCAGAAAAAAGUGUGUAAUGAGAAUAUCAAUUUUCAUAAUUUUCUGUUCUUAAAAUAAUUAAUAUGUAAUAUGCAACAAGGAGAAUCAAACACCGUCUGUCGGUGCAGACAGGAAUAUCUACAUAUCUACCUCUCGGGGUAACUGUUUGGCGGAAACUCUGGAGAGCCUCGUUACCUCCGUAAAUCUUUACCCUCAAGCUAGAUAUUCUGGUCUGUACUGGCAGCCGGUGUAAGAUACAUAUAAUAUUUUUCAUGUCUUCCUGUUUUUAGUGCCUCAGUGGGUCGAUCUCUGCAAGAAAUUAAAAUUUAAUGUAUUUAGGCUUUUGAACCUUUAUGGAGUUUCUUUAAAUUAAGUCC